AUGGCACGCCGCCCGAGGCGCGGCCAGGCCUCCGAUUUCCUCUACGCCAGUCUCCACCCAGGCCUCGCGGGGCUAACCAUCCGUCGACUUCGGCCGUAUUUACGCGCCCUGCCACUGCGCUGCCCCUCGUCUUCUUCUUGCUCCUGCGGCCCCUCCACCCCGCCUCCCCCCGCUUCGCUCGCGUCAUUAAUGCGGCGGCGGCGGCGGUGCUGGAUUCAGCCGUCUGCAGUCCUACAACCAGCCUGUGGAGUUGAUUGGAAGCCUUGCAAGAUGAUUGAGGGGAGGCGGCAUUCGGUUGAUAUCCCGAUCUCGAGGGCUCUGGUCGCCGUCAUGAGGUCCAGAUCUCUGAGGGACCCAGACACCAACUCGCUGGCCAAGUUCUCGGCCAAGAAGACCAUCUGGGAGGGGUGUUCCCUCGAGGAAGAUGACGUGGAGGCAAGCAAUUACGGCAGACACAGCUUCAGCUACAACAUGUAUGAUCAUGUCCAGAGGAGGAGGGAGGAGUUUGGCGGCCGCCUCGCCAACUCUCCGAUCAACAUAAUCAAGGCCAACGCGCGGGUGAAGGCGGCGCUUCAUAACCAGAACUGCUGCUCUGCGAUCCCUGGGAUGUCGAGAGCUGCCAAGGACAGGGCUUUCUCUCUGGUGAUUGAAGGGGAAGAGCUCGGUCGGAGUGAGCCCCAGGAAGGCGCGAGAAGCUUGCUCCAGAAGUACCGGCCAAAGUCCUUCUCUGAGCUGGCUGGACAGGAUGUUGUUGCACAGUCUCUUUCAAAUGCCGUUUCUCAAGGAAAGCUUGCUCCAAUCUAUCUCCUCCAUGGUCCGCAUGGCAUUGGCAAGACAUCCGCGGCUAGGGUAUUUGCAGCGGCGCUGAAUUGCCUCUCUCCAGGUGGGAACCAGCCCUGUGGGCACUGCGAGGAAUGCGUGGCCAUAUUCUCAGGAAACAGCAGCAGUGUGGUACUUAUUGUAGAUGAUUGCCAACAUAUGGAUAAGGAGGGCUGGUACUCCAUCUACAGUAGCCUUGAAGGGAUCCCUGCAAGCUCAAUAUUUGUCAUGAUAACAUCCGACAUUGAUAAACUACCAAGCAACUCCGCUGGAUGGUGCCAGAGCUAUAGGUUUUGCAAGAUAGACGAUGCAGAGAUUGUCCGCCGAUUGAGCAAGAUUUGCACAAAAGAAGGAAUGGAGUUCGAAGCCGAAGCGCUGGAGCUUCUUGCUCGCAAGGCAAGUGGUUCCAUUCGGGAUGCAGUUCAAAUGCUUGACCAACUAACUCUGCUCGGAAAAAGGAUCAGCAAAUCAGUGACAUACGACCUAAUAGGUGAUGUCUCAGAUGAAGAGUUGCUUGAUCUUCUUAAUCUGUCUAUGUCAUCAGAUGCUGCUACCAUUGUCCGGAGGGCUAGGGAGCUUUUGAGUUCAAAGGUCGAUCCCAUGCAGCUAUUGGCUCAGCUUGCAAAUCUUAUCAUGGAUAUUUUAGCUGCGAAGCACCCCUCAGAUUCUUCAGAAGUUAGGAAAGUUACUGGCAAAAAUACAUCAGCUGAGGUGGACGUGCACAAACUUAGGAAUGCGCUGGAAAUACUUUCUGAAACCGAAAAGCAAUUGAAAACCACAAAGAACCAGUCCACUUGGCUCACCGCCGCUCUGUUACAGUUCAAUAUGAGAGAGCCUUACUGCCUAGAAGCCCUAGAUGAUACUGCAGUUUCAAGCAUGUUCACAGAGAGUCAAACAGACGACGGGGCUGCUGCCCUGAAAGAUGAAAGCUUAGAGACCAGUUCUCAUCUGUGCUACCAGAACAAACUCGGAUGUCUGGAUAUGAAUUUAGGAGAUCCAGAUGUACUGGAGACGAUAUGGAUGAAGGCUCUUGAAAACUGCACAUCUAAGUCACUUCAUAAUCUGCUGCAGAAAGAUGGAAAGUUGUCAUCCCUGUACACAACCCAAGGUGUGGCCGUUGCUGAGUUACAAUUCUGUCAUCCUGAGGAGGUACCAACAUCAGAGAGCUUCUGGAUGCCACUUGUGGUUUCUCUGCAGAAUUUGCUCAAGUGCAACGUGGACAUUAGGAUCAAUCUUUCUCCAAUCUCCAUCAGCAAUAGGAUUGUAUCCAAGAAUUCGUUGGUCAGCCUGGUCAUGCAAUCCAGAGAAGGUCAACAGGCGCAGAAUCCAGUCACCACGGACUGCAGAACCGUAGCUUCAUCCAGAAGGGAGUGCCCUUCGCCACCGCUCCCAGGACAACAACCCAAGGAGAAAGCAUCUCACAUCCUGGGAUGCCUUCAUGGUGCAGAUAGCGAUGCGGGAGAUGCGGAGUCGAGGAUCCUGAGCUACCAGAAAAUCUCUGUCAUUCCUGAAGCAUCCACUACAGGGAAUGUCGCCUCGAGAGCUGGAGAGCGCACGCCAAUGGUCGACGAAGUCAAAGGUCGUCGCCGCGGUGGCUGUUUCUCUGAGAUUCUACCGUGUGGUGCGUGUGCCCCCUCUCGGAAGUCCCAGCCGCACGACAAGCACAGGGCUCCGCGGCCUCGCAAGGGACUCUUCAGCUGCUGUUUCUGCAAGAUCAGGCCGGACUGCAGAACGAAAGCUGACGCUGUGUACAGGUCUGAAACCCAGGAGGUGUUCCAUGGGUAG